CCCACGAUUGUAACCUAUGCAUUUUACAGUUCGGCUUACAUAUAUAAAUGUGCCAUACUCCGAUAAACUUUGCCAGUAUACUUGGUGUUUUGAGAUAGCAGAGAACAACUACGCGUUUUGAGAUAGCAGAGAAACAUUUCAAGCAACAUGAAGACAUUCUACGUUUGCGUUUUCUCACUUAUCUCUUUUACCUCAGCUAUGGUUUUACAAAGGCAGUCAGAAUCAAAUAACCAGGAUAUACAUGGUACGCAAUAUUCUGAGUGUCUGAAUGAAACUUAUAUUACACCAACUGAUUUGUUCACCGUAGACGACAUAAUGUACGAAAGAUACAAAGAACCUGGAAACGAAGAGAAAAUAAGGAAACAUGGUUGCGUUUUACAUUGUAGUUUGGAAAAAACGGGCCAGAUGGUAGGAUCAGAAAUUAAUGUAGAACAAAUGCAUAAUGGAUUUCUAACCACUUAUGGCGAGAAGAAAGGGAGGGAAGCUAUCAAAGUGGUAGAUGACUGCAUUAAUAUAACAAAAGAUUUCACGGAAAAGUGUCACAAAGCUUUCCAUCUAAUGAUGUGUUUUCUAAGAAACCUUAGAAAUCUUCAACAGACUUCUACAGUGAAUGAAGAACACGCGCAAGGAAAUGAAUAAACGAUACCAGAA